GUUUACGACAACAGUAUCUCAUCGAGAAUUUCUUGACAGCAUAUAUUUGAUUUUGAAUUGCCCUGCUGAAUUGCUCGUGGUCGACAACUUCCAGCUAGUCCCUCACUCCCGUCUCAACCCCUCUUUUCAUGUCCAGCGAACGUGACCUCCAGAAUCUCUUGACGAAGAGUCUCGUCGUCCUCCAGCAAGACAACCUUCACGCCAGCGGCUUCCAACCUCUUGAUACCCUGGUUAUCUUGAAUGAACGUAUUUGGCUCGCGAAUUCCGACAUAAACCACCUUGAUCGCGCUCCCAAGUCCCAGAAUUCUCUCAACACAUGUCCGGUUUCCGCUCAACCGCUCGUUGCAAGGCUCCAUGGUCGUAUAGAGUACCGUAUUGGGCGGAAGGACAGGCGCGAUGUCAAAGUCGUGGAUUCCAUUCUCGUCAGCUACUUUGAUGAAGCAGCAAUGCUCAGCGUGGGUAGAUCCGGGAUCGUUUGGUCGGUCGCGGGCCAGUUCCUCCGAGUAACCUGUUGAGAGAACCCGGUUCGCGUCGGCGUCAACCAGAGCAGCCCCUACGCAAAACUUUGAAGGCGAGGGUGGUGAGAGCUUCGCCUGUUCAAGAGCGUACCGCAUUGAAUCAAGGCGUCCUCAGGCAUCUCUGCAGAUGUAAGCAACCGCCGCUUUGCUCUUUCAUCGCCCCUAUUAUUAUUACCCCGCUCGCCGUUCGAAUUGGAUCCAGCGGCUAUUUUGAAACCUCAGCUUCUCGCGCUACUCAAACCAAGUCUUGCAAUGAAUUAUAACGGCGCACCGGGGCUGGAAUUCGGAGGAGACAACACAGAUCUUGAUCCGGCUGUUUUGAGAGAACUGCCUGCUGGCUCCAAUGUUGUUUCCACCGAGGGCCAUGGAGUCAGCUUCUGGGCAAACACCGGACGAAUCGAUGUCGAGCUGGAGGAUGGAUCUGAGCUGUCCUUCUUCAUCAAGGUCUUGUCUGGCGAGAUCGGCUCCAAGAUGGUGAAGGUAGAGUUUGAGUCCAUGAAGGCAAUCCAUUCCGUCACCCCUGACUUUGCCCCAAAGCCAAUCGCCUAUGGACCAUAUGAUUCACUUCCGGACACCUACUUUUUCCUGUGCGAGUUUCGAGAAAUGGUCGAUGAUCAGCUCCCAGAGCCCGAGGAGUUCACCAGAAAACUUGCGACGCUGCAUCAGAAGAGCCAGUCCCCGACCGGCAAAUUUGGGUUCCACACCACAACCUACGCCGGGAAUCUUCCACAAAUGGUGGAGUGGGAAGACAGCUGGGAGGUCUUCUUCGCCAAGAGUCUUCGUCAUGCACUGGAUCUCGAGAUGCAAGCCAAAGGACCAGACCCUGAAUUGGAUGCUCUAGUACCAAUUCUCUUUGAGACUGUCAUCCCAAGACUCCUUCGCCCACUUGAGACGGAAGGACGAUCUGUCAAGCCCUCGCUUGUCCAUGGCGAUUUGUGGUACGCCAAUUCUGGCGUAGACGUCGAAACAGGGGGUAGCUUGAUCUUUGACGCCUGUUGCUUUUAUGCACAUAACGAGUAUGAAUUUGGUCAAUGGAAGCCAUCAUGCAAUCGUUUUGACGAUAAAUACGUCAAGGCAUACCAUCAACGAGUGAAUCGAUCAGCACCUGAGGAGGACUAUGAUGGACGAAUUGAUCUUUACAAGCUUAGGUUCAACACACACGUCUCCGCCUUGUUCUUUGAUAACCAGACGUUGCGGGAGCAGGUACUCGGCGACAUCAGGGAUCUGGUUUCCCGUUACGGGAAUCCUGCUCAAGAGACCAGGUUAUAGACCCAGUUAUGAUUUUUGACUUUUGGGUUUUGGGAAAUGGAUGAGACACUGGAGAACUAGCAGAUUUUGGAUACUCGUGAAUUGAAUAAGAAUUGUUUCUCUGAGGG